GGGCCCUUGGUGGCCACUGCACCUCAGUUCACCCUCGGCUCCCGCGCCGCCAGCAUGACCGACGCGCUGCUACCCGCGGCCCCCCAGCCGCUGGAGAAGGAGAGCGAUGACUACUUUCGGAAGGGUUGUAAUCCCCUUGCACAAACCGGCCGGAGCAAGCUGCAGAACCAGAGGGUGGUCCUGAACCAGCAGAUCCUGAAGGCCGUGCGGAUGCGGACAGGAGCCGAGAACCUUCUCAAAGCGGCCAGAAACCAGAAGGUGCGGGAACAGGUUCGCCUGGAGCUGAGCUUCGUCAACUCAGACCUGCAGAUGCUGAAGGAGGAGCUGGAGGGCCUCAACAUCUCCGUGGGAGUGUACCAGGGUGCCGAGGAGGCCUUCACCAUCCCUUUGAUUCCUCUUGGCCUGAAGGAAACCAAAGAAGUUGACUUUUCGAUCAUCCUCAAGGAUUUUAUCUUGGAGCAUUACAGUGAAGACAGCUACCUGUAUGAAGAUGACAUUGCGGACCUUAUGGACCUGAGGCAGGCCUGUCGAACACCCAGCAGGGAUGAGGCGGGGGUCGAGCUGCUCAUGUCUUAUUUCAUCCAGCUGGGCUUUGUGGAGAGCAGGUUUUUCCCGCCCACCCACCACAUGGGGCUCCUGUUUACCUGGUAUGACUCCCUCACUGGGGUUCCCGUCAGCCAGCAGAACUUGUUGCUGGAGAAGGCCAGCAUUCUCUUCAACAUCGGGGCACUGUACACCCAGAUCGGGACCCGCUGUAACCGGCAGACAGAGACUGGGCUGGAGAGCGCGGUGGAUGCCUUCCAGAGAGCUGCAGGGGUCUUAAACUAUCUGAAAGAGACAUUCACUCAUACUCCAAGUUAUGACAUGAGCCCCGCCAUGCUCAGCGUGCUGGUCAAGAUGAUGCUUGCCCAAGCCCAAGAAAGUAUAUUUGAGAAACUCUGCCUUCCAGGAACCCAGAAUGAGUUCUUCGCACUGGUAAAGGUGGCUCAGGAGGCCGCCAAGGUGGCGGAGGCCUACCAGCAGCUGCACGCAGCCAUGAGCCAGGAGCCGGUGAAAGAGAACAUCCCGUAUUCGUGGGCCAGCGUGGCCUACGUGAAGGCCCACCACUACGGGGCCCUGGCUCACUACUUUGCCGCGGCUCUCCUCAUCGAUCACCAGCUAAAGCGGGGCGCAGACGCAGACCACCAAGAGAAGUGCCUGUCCCAGCUCUACGCCCACAUGCCGGAAGGGAUGAGGCCUCUGGCCACGCUGAAGAACGAUGGGCAGCGCAUGCAACUGGGCAAAGGGCACCUGCACCGAGCCCUCGGCUACCACGAGGAGUCGCUGAGGGAGGCCAACCUGUGCAAGAAGCUGCGGGACAUCCAGGUGCUCCGGGAUGUGCUCUCCGCCGCCCACCAGCGCACCCAGCUCAAGUACAACCAGCACCGAGAGGACGACGACCUUCUGAACCUGAUUGCCGCUCCCGACGUGCUUCCAAAAACUGAGCGAGAGGCUGAAAUAACCUCCCCCGAGUUCUCCAAAGUGACAGUCACAGACUUUUUCCAGAAGCUGGGGCCCCUGUCUGUGUUUUCCGCCAACAAGAGAUGGACACCUCCUCGAGGAAUUUGCUUCACGGUGGAGGAGGGGGACCUCGGUUUCACUCUUCGGGGGAACGCUCCAGUCCAGGUGCACUUCCUGGAUCCUCGCUGUUCUGCUUCGCUGGCAGGAGCCAAGGAAGGAGAUUACAUUGUUUCCAUUCAAGGCGUAGAUUGUAAAUGGCUGACUGUGGGAGAGGUUAUGAAGUUGCUGAAGAGCUUUGAAGGGGACCAAGUUGAGAUGAAGGUGGUGAGCCUCCUGGACUCCACAUCAUCCAUGCACAGCAAGUGUGCCACUUACUCUGUGGGGAUGCAGAAGACUUACUCCAUGAUCUGCCUGUCCACGGGUGACGACGGUAAGACUGACAAAGCCAAGAAGAUCUCAAAGAAGCUCUCCUUUUUGAGCUGGAGCACCAGUAAAAACAGACACAAGUCAAGCAGCACGCUCUACCUCCCGUCCGUUGGCCUGGCGAGGCCCCAAACCAAGAAGAAACUCCCGACGCCCUUCAGCCUGCUCAACUCCGACAGCUCUCUGUACUGACGGGGAGCACAGGACGGUUCACUCCGAGGACGGCGAGCCUGUUGGGACGCCCGUGCCACAGAUGGAAAUGUUCUCCAACCCUCUUCUCAAGAGUGUACACUUGUGACUGAUGGAAGGGCUUCUGCAAGGAAGAAGAGACCUGGAAGAUGGUGGCAAACCCAGCUGCAGGGGGAUUUUCAGACUGCAGUUAUUUAUUCUAUAAAGUAGGGCGUACAAGAGCCUGGAUGAUGCCGCUGUUUUUAAUGGCUGUGGCUAUGACGCUCAGGUGCCGUGAGAAAAUAAUCGGGGCCGCCUACCUUGGUGUAUUUUUCUGAGCGCCUGGAUUUGGGUAGUGGUGACUUCUUAACCUCAAGUUCAAAUGACCCUUGAGUGGAGGCAGGCUACAGGUGGUUUACUGACGCCUGGCUGCUUGGCAGAUCUCUGUGAGUUCGAGGCCAGUCUGCUCUACGUAAGUGAGUUCCAGGACAGCCAGGGCCACACAGAGAAACCCUGUCUCAACAAACAAACAAAAACAAAACAGGCUGCUUUCUCCCCUUGGGAGUUCAUGGGCUGAAAAUGGCAAUAUGUUUUUUAUGUCAUUUCUCUGUAAUUUAAACGUUAUUUCCCAGAUGAUGUCCAGUGCCAAUGCUGCCUCGACUGUUUCCAGGGUCAGCUCUCCCCCCAGUCAGUCCCGCUGACCAGCUGCUAACACGUGACAGUGUUAGGAGAUACUGUCUACAGGGUAGAUAAUAUGCUGUUUGAUACUCAAAACGUCCUUUUUGUUUAAAGUAGGAGGUGUGUAACUGUGUAUUUCAAGAGUCUCAGUUUAAGAAGUAGCUCUGCAGUUUACAAGGUAAAGACGUAAACUUCCUCAAGUUGAAUCUCUGUUUGACUUUUUUAAGAUGUAUCUACCUGCCAACUUGACUUUGGGGCUGUAGGUUGGAUGACACCGUGACUGUUUUCCUGAGUCAUGGUUGACAUAGUUUAAGUGAUAAUGCUUAAAUUUGUAGCCUGUGGAUCUUAAUUUGAGAAGUAAAAGAAUUUAAAUAUUUUUCUAUUGUGCAAUACCUUAAGAAAGCCAACGCCUUCAGGAAAGUGUGCCCGCUAUCCCUGGGCUUCUUUAUAUAUUUAAAUAAAUAGUCACGUUCAUUGUUUGAA